AUGGCAGACUACGAGGACGAAUACGACUAUGAAAAUUACGAGGACGAAGACUCAGGCAUCACGCCUGAAGAUUGCUGGACCGUCAUCUCUUCUUUCUUCGAAUCAAAAGGCCUCGUCUCUCAGCAGACGGCUUCGUUUGAUGAAUUCACCCAAUCGACCAUUCAAGACCUCGUCAGCGAGUACUCGAAAAUCUCUCUCGACCAGCCCAACCCACCCUCCAGCGACGACCGAAAGAUCAGCGUACGCCGAUACGAGAUCGAGUUUGGAAGCAUCAUGGUCUCGAGGCCUUCAAUCAGCGAGACCGACGGAACCGUGACUUCGCUCCUCCCUUACGAGUGCCGUGAUCGAAACCUCACCUACGCCGCGCCUGUGUACAUCAAGAUUACCAAAAAGGUCCAAGCUGCUGUGGAAACAGAGAUCCCUUUGCACGAGCUUGAUGACGCUCAACAGACAGAGUAUGCCAAAACGGGCGAGCUACCCACGCGACUGGCUUGGGAAUCGGAGGAUGCGCCAGAGCCUGAAAACGCCAAUAAGCCUGAUGCCUGGAAGGACAUGGUUUUUGUUGGAAAAAUGCCAGUCAUGGUCAAAUCCAAAGUUUGUCAUCUGAGCCGAGAGCACGAUGAAAAUUUAUUCCUUGUCAAUGAGUGCCCAUACGACCAAGGCGGCUACUUUGUUAUCAACGGAAGUGAAAAGGUCCUGAUCGCGCAAGAGCGUUCAGCCGCCAAUAUUGUCCAAGUCUUCAAGAAAGCACAACCAAGCCCAUACACCUACACCGCCGAGAUCCGAAGCGCUCUGGAGAAGGGUUCGCGCCUGAUCUCUAGCAUGAUGCUUAAGCUCUACGGAAAAGGAGAAUCAGCUCGUGGCGGCUUUGGCCAAACGAUCCAUACCACACUGCCGUUUGUUAAAUCAGACCUUCCUGUCGCCAUUGUCUUCAGAGCUCUUGGUGUCGUCUCCGAUGAGGAUAUUCUCAACCACAUUUGUUACGACCGGAAAGACUCCCAGAUGUUAGAAAUGCUUCGACCUUGCAUCGAAGAAGCUUUCUGCGUACAAGACCGUGAAGUCGCCCUUGACUUCAUUGGUAAGCGUGGUAACCGGGACCAGGCAGGUCUUGGGCGCGACAAACGUAUUCGUGUUGCCCGCGAUAUUCUCCAAAAAGAAACGUUGCCUCACAUCUCCCAGGAAGCUGGGAGUGAGACCCGAAAAGCGUUCUUUAUUGGCUAUAUGGUCCAUAAACUGCUCCAGUGCGCUCUUGGACGUCGGGAGCCUGAUGAUAGAGAUCAUUUUGGUAAAAAGCGUCUUGACCUAGCAGGUCCACUCUUGGCUAAACUCUUUCGUGGUAUCAUGCGCCGAAUGCACUCGGAGCUUGCCAACUACCUUCGACGUUGUGUUGAGGGUAACCGCCACUUCAAUUUAGCUGUUGGUAUCAAGCCCGGGACGCUCUCAAACGGCCUCAAGUACUCUCUUGCCACAGGAAACUGGGGUGACCAGAAGAAAGCCAUGAGUUCGACUGCUGGCGUGUCUCAGGUGUUGAACCGGUAUACCUUUGCUUCGACACUAUCUCAUCUUCGGCGUACCAAUACUCCUAUUGGCAGAGAUGGCAAACUAGCGAAACCUCGUCAGCUUCACAAUACCCAUUGGGGUCUUGUCUGCCCCGCUGAGACACCCGAGGGACAGGCUUGUGGCUUGGUCAAAAAUCUGUCCCUCAUGUGCUACGUCAGUGUUGGUUCACCGGCCGAGCCGCUUAUUGACUUUAUGAUCAACAGAGGUAUGGAGGUCAUUGAGGAAUACGAACCACUGAGAUACCCGCAUGCCACCAAGAUCUUUGUUAAUGGCACUUGGGUCGGAGUUCACCAAGAUCCCAAGCACCUGGUUGACCAGGUAUUUGACACCCGCCGCAAGUCUUAUCUGCAGUAUGAAGUUUCUCUCAUUAGGGAAAUUCGUGACCAAGAGUUCAAGAUCUUCUCCGAUGCGGGCCGAGUCAUGCGGCCCGUUUUUACAGUACAGCAGAAGAACGACCCAGAGACUGGCCUUGAAAAGGGCCAGCUUGGUCUCACCAAGGAUUUAGUCAAUAAACUUGCACAAGAGCAAGCAGAUCCACCUGAUGAUCCGGAACUCAAAAUGGGCUGGGAGGGCCUGAUCAAAGCUGGCGCAAUCGAGUAUCUAGACGCCGAAGAAGAGGAGACAGCAAUGAUUUGCAUGACGCCAGAAGAUUUGGAGCUCUAUAGGCUUCAAAAGGCAGGAUUAUCUGUCGACGACGACCAAGACGGUGGGGAUUUAAAUAAGCGCCUGAAGACGAAAACAAACCCGACAACCCACAUGUAUACUCACUGUGAAAUUCACCCAAGUAUGAUCCUGGGUAUUUGCGCAAGCAUUAUUCCUUUCCCAGAUCACAACCAGUCCCCGCGUAAUACCUACCAAUCUGCCAUGGGUAAACAAGCCAUGGGCUUCUUCUUGACGAAUUACUCUCGUCGCAUGGAUACCAUGGCAAACAUUCUGUACUACCCCCAGAAGCCUUUGGCGACGACGAGAUCUAUGGAGUUUUUAAAAUUCCGAGAACUACCCGCAGGUCAGAACGCCAUCGUCGCCAUCGCGUGUUAUUCUGGCUACAACCAGGAAGAUUCAGUCAUCAUGAACCAAAGCAGCAUCGAUCGCGGUCUCUUCAGAAGCUUGUUCUUCCGUUCUUACUCUGAUCAGGAGAAGAAGGUUGGUCUGAAUUACACGGAAAUCUUUGAAAAGCCGUUUCACCAAAGUACCCUACGCAUGAAACACGGAACCUAUGACAAGCUUGAUGAAGACGGUAUCGUCGCCCCUGGCGUUCGUGUCUCUGGAGAGGACAUUAUCAUAGGUAAAACUGCGCCAAUCGACCCAGAGACACAGGACCUGGGCACCCGCACAACAGCGCAUCAGCGCCGUGAUAUCUCGACACCUCUGCGCAGUACCGAGAACGGCAUUGUGGAUCAAGUCAUUGUGACUGUCAACGCCGACAAUGUUAAAUAUGUCAAGGUUCGAGUUCGCACGACCAAAAUCCCCCAGAUCGGUGAUAAAUUUGCUUCACGGCACGGUCAAAAGGGUACUAUUGGUGUCACAUAUCGACAGGAAGACAUGCCCUUUACAAGAGAAGGCGUCACGCCGGAUAUUAUCAUCAAUCCGCACGCUAUUCCAUCGCGAAUGACAAUUGCUCAUUUGAUCGAAUGUCUUCUGAGUAAGGUUUCAACUUUGGAAGGCAUGGAAGGGGAUGCCACUCCCUUUACUGAUGUCACCGUCGAUUCUGUCUCAGACCUCCUGCGCAAGCACGGGUAUCAGUCGCGCGGUUUCGAGAUCAUGUAUAACGGCCACACCGGUAAAAAACUCCGUGCCCAGGUCUUUUUUGGACCUACGUAUUAUCAGCGUCUACGUCACAUGGUGGACGACAAAAUCCAUGCACGAGCGCGAGGCCCCGUCCAGAUCAUGACAAGACAGCCGGUGGAAGGCCGUGCAAGAGAUGGUGGGUUGCGCUUCGGUGAAAUGGAACGUGAUUGCAUGAUCGCGCAUGGCGCGGCAGCUUUCUUAAAGGAGCGCCUGUUUGAAGUCUCCGAUGCCUUCAGAGUGCACAUUUGCGAGAUCUGCGGCCUGAUGACACCAAUUGCAAACCUUUCGAAGCAAUCUUUCGAGUGCAGACCUUGCAAAAACAAGACCAAGAUUGCCCAGAUCCACAUCCCGUACGCUGCCAAGCUUUUGUUUCAAGAACUUCAAUCCAUGAACAUUGCGGCUCGUAUGUUUACGGAUAGAUCUGGUGCCUCGAUUAGGUAA